GCUAGAACCGGGAGAGACCGGUAAGAGAGAUAUAGAGAGAGAAAGAGAAAGAAAGAUUGAAAAAGCAAGCAAGAGUCGCGAUUGUCGCUGUUCAUUUUCCGCCGGUCGUGCGCCGAAAUCAUCUCAUCUCCGGCAUACUUCUGUAAAACUCAAAUCGGAGACCUUUGAAGCUUCUAUCUUUACGAGAACAGUAAGUCGGCGUUGAGCUCAUGAUCAGUAACAGGACCUGCUCUGGAAUUCAUAAAUCUAGGGUUUUAGGGGUUACUAUUGAGCAUAACCUGUCCGAUGGAAGCUAGGGAAUCUUCCAAAGGAGUUGAGGAAAAGACGAGUUGCACUGGAGUUGUGGUGGUGGAGGAGACUUUGAAGCAAGAUGUGAGGGAAGAACAGAUUCAGAAAGUUGAAGAUGCGCCACUUAUUGGAGUUUUAGUAGAGGCCGCAGCUGCUUUAGAGGCUGAUGCUGUCGCUCGGGGAUCCGAGGAGCUACCUAGUACGACUCCUCCUCCUCCUCCCGUGAACGUUGAGGUGAAAACUGUUGUUGAGAAUACUAGUGUGAAGCGAAAGCGUGGUCGGCCUCCAAAGGAUGCCGUUUCUGUUUCUGUUUCUGCUGCUCGAGGUACCGAGGAGGGAUCUAGUUCCGCUCCCGUGAGUGUAGUAGAGGUGAAAACUAUGGAGAAUAAUAGUGGAAAGAGACCGCGUGGUCGACCACCGAAGGAGGCUGUUGUUGUGGCUAUUGAUGUUGUUCGGACCACUGAGGAGGGAUCUAGUUCUGUUCCUGUGAGCGCUGAGGUGAAAAAUUUGGAGAAUAGUAUAGGAAAGAGAACACGUGGUCGACCACCCAAGGAGCCUGUUGUUAUUGCUGCUAUUGAUGUUGCUCCGCCAGCUGAGGAGGGAUCUAGUUUGGCUUUGGCUAGCGUAGAGGUGAAAACUUUUGAGGAUGGGAGCGAGAAGCGUAAGCGUGGCAGGCCUCCGAAGGGUUUGCCAAAGUUGCCACAGCCGGUAAAGAAGAAAAAAGAUGAAGAGGAUGUAUGUUUCAUAUGCUUUGAUGGAGGGAGCCUUGUCCUAUGCGAUCGCAGAGGUUGUCCAAAGGCAUAUCAUCCAUCUUGUGUUAAGCGUGAUGAGGCAUUCUUUCAGUCAAAGGCUAGGUGGGAUUGCGGCUGGCACAUUUGUAGUAACUGUGAAAAGGCCGCCAAUUAUAUGUGCUACACUUGUACAUAUUCACUGUGCAAGGCAUGUACAAGGGAUGCUGAUUAUGUGUGUGUACGAGAAAAUAAAGGCUUUUGCUCAAUGUGCAUGAAAACUAUUAUGCUCAUUGAAAAGAAGGAUCAAAGGGAAAAUGAAACGGUUGUAGUGGACUUUGAUGAUAAGAGUAGCUGGGAAUAUUUAUUCAAAAUGUACUGGCUUUAUUCAAAGCAGAAGCUAUCUCUAACUUUGGAUGAGCUGACAAAAGCUAGAAAUCCUUGGAGUGUAGAUGGCCAUAUUAUUUUUGAAGGGAGAGAUAUAGAUGCUAUUAGCGGUAAAAAUGAUCUCCAACAUCCUAUCUUUGGGAUCCAUUCUGAGAGCAAGGAGACAAAGGUAUUUUGUGGGAGUAAGGGGAGCAACCAUCAGACACAGUUACUUAAUGGCAAUUUUUCUCCUACAAUAAAUAAGUUAGACAGUGAUGAAGGUGCACAUGCGGCUGUCUCUGCAAAAUGGGCAUCCAAGGAACUCUUAGCAUUUGUUGCUCAUGUGAAGAAUGGUGAUAUAUCUGAGUUGUCUAUACAAGAUGCACAAGCUCUCUUAUCGGACUAUGUGAAGAAAAAUAAUCUCCCUGAUCCUAGCCAAAAAAGUCAGAUCAUUUGUGAUGCUAGACUUUCCAAACUCUUUGGGAAACCACGUGUUGGUCACAUUGAAAUGCUAAAACUCCUUGAGUUUCAUUUUCCCAUCAAGGACGACUCCUUGGAAGAUGUUAAUAGAUCUAGUGUCUAUCCUGCUGUUGCAAGUCAGGCAAACAGUAACACUAAUAUUAGCAACUUUUUGGCGAUGGGUACAGAGAUAAAAAGUAAAACCCUUAAAAUGGGUGAGGACAAAGGGCCUCCAGCAAACCUGCAUGAAUAUGCUGCAGUAGAUGUUCAUAACAUUAGUUUGAUUUACUUGCGCCGUAGUUUGUUGGAGAAUCUAAUUGAUGAGAGUGGUAAGCUACAUAAUAUUGCUGUGGGCUCCUUUGUGCGAAUAGGUGUCUCUGGUGGUGAUCAUGAGCAGGAUAUCUUUAGACUUGUCCAAGUUGUAGGUACUUGUAUGGUGGCCAAACCCUAUAAAAUUGGUGAGAAAUCAGUGAAUGUUGCACUUGAGAUAUUAAAUCUGGAUAAGAAGGAGGCUAUUUCAAUCAGUGCCCUCUCAAAUCAGAUGUUUUCAGAGGACGAAUGCAGACGUUUACGUGAAAGCAUAAAAUGUGGGCUAGUCAAACACUUAACUGUAGGCCAAAUACUGGAAAAAUCGAAGGCACUUCGUGAAGUUAUAAUGAAUGAUUGGCUGGAAAAAGAAGUAAUACGGCUGAAUCAGCUGCGUGAUCAAGCAAAUGAGAAGGGGCAAGAAAAGGAGCUUAGAGAAUUUGUGGAGAAAAUAGAACUCAUGAAGUCACCUGAAGAAAGGCAGCGCAGACUGCUAGAUGUUCCUGAAGUACAUAUUGACCGACAUAUGAAAGCGAAUAGUCAAUCUGAUCAAGGUGCUGGAUUAUUUGCUGCAAAAAAUCAAGCUGCAUAUGGGAAAACUAGAGGUUCUGGACUCAACAUAAAUGAAAAGGAAGCUAUUUCAUCAAAGGACAACAACAAAUCAUAUCCUACACGCAACAAGAAAUCAAAGGUUUCAUCUAAUAAUAUUGACAAGAAGGAAAACAAGUACAUUGCAUCUGAUUCCGCUAAACCCUCAAAUGGUGGGGACAAAGGUGCCAAAACUGAUGUUGGUGGUUCAAAUACUCCAGCCGCAGUUACUUCUAUACCUAUUUCUGGGAUUUCUUCAGAAGCUUCAGUUGCAUCUCUCUCUACUGGAACUUCUCCACCACCACUGGUCUUGCUUAAUAAUGAAGCUGAUAAUCUUUGGCAUUAUCGAGAUCCAGAUGGGAAUAUUCAGGGACCGUUCUGUUUGUUAAUGCUGCGAAAAUGGAGCUUAUCUGGAUACUUCCCACCUGAUCUUAGAAUAUGGAGCAUAUAUGAUAAGGAAGCAAACUCUUUACUUCUACUCAACUUACUGAAAGGCCAACCGCCCAACAAACCGACAUCAGUGCAACAACCCAGUCUCUCUUUACCCUCUCAAGAAGUUGUUGUUCAAGUUGCCAAAGAGAAUGCAUCAAAUAUAUGUUUGCCUUCAGUUACUAGUCUAGACGAUAAACAAAGUGCCAAUUGCCAAGAUAAGUUAGAAUCUGCUUCCUGGACGCCCCCUGCUGUUAACUGCAUCGAUAUAAACAAGAGUGGCUCUCCUUGUUUGGAAUCAGUUAAAGUUAACGAUCUUAGUUCUAAGCAAAUGGAGACUUCAAAGGAAUGUGGCAAUGAUGAUGAAAAUAGGAUUUGUCGUGAAAAUAAUGACCGCGAUUACUUUAGUCAUUCUUCUGGUAACAGCUGGAGACCUCCAAUAUUUGCUGCGCCGCCUAAUAAAUUGGACCUUAACACUUCUUUCAGCUUUGAGACCAAGUCAACUAAUUCUUCUGUUAGUGAUAUCCCAAUCAUGCCUAAUCCAAACGAACGCAGCAAAGAGCGGCAAUCUGAGUUGUUGAACGUUCAUAUUCAAGGAGGGUCCCAACUCCUAAAUCCGCCGAAGCCCACAUUAAACCUUGAUUAUAAUAUGGAAGAGAAAAGGGUUCCGGGUUCAGAAAAGAAACAAUCAUUGUCUUUGUCUUCGAAUUUCGUGGUUCGCGAUUCUGGCCCCACAUGGAGUAGCUCUUCCGGUUUGUUUCUGGGCGGCGGUUCAGUUCCACCACCGCCACCACAACCAGAAUCACCGCAUCCUGAAGGCUCUAACGUAUGGGUUGGACACCCUCCUGCUGCGAAAGCGUCGGUUGAAGAAUUAGGUCUCGGUCUGAUCCCCGUCCAUCCUAAGGCGGAACCAUCAAACAAUUACCCUCCAAGUACAGACAAUAUUCCUACGAUUUCCCAAACUCACCCCACGUCAGGCUGGCUAGCUAUGGUCACUGAGCCGAUCGAGCUUAGCACCUUAGCCGAGGAAUCGGUUUCAGAUCUCCUAGCGGAGGUUGACGCAAUGGAAUCCCAAGGCGGCUUGCCUUCCCCUACUUCAGCCAUGAAUUACGUGGAUUACUUGUUUGAGGAUACUGUAAACGACUGUUUUAACCCCAUCGGUCCAUUGAGUCGCACAAUUAAUUCCACAGGCAACGUGCACUUGGCUGCUCAACAACAGCAACAGCAGCAUCAUCAUCAAUCCAGUAAUAUACAAGAGACGCCACUACAAGCUGACCGCCACACUGAAGCUGUUAGGACCGGUAAGCCCAAUAAUAACUGGCAGCAAAAGGAUUCUUCCAGCCACAUACCGGAAUCCUCCAGCAUAAGCCACGAAGGGAUCAAGAGAGCUUCAUGGCCGACAAAUCUGGACGUGGGUUUAGGAAAUAUGAAUUCGGGAUGGGAAGGGGGAGGAGGAGGAAUAACAGCAGCAGCAGCAGCAACAGGCCGUGUGAAUGGAAAUGUGCAUAGAAGUGGGCAGGGUGUGUAUACAGGAGGGCGAGAUGGUAAUUCUAGUAGAUACGGUGGAGAGAGAGUCACGAGCCAAUCAGGUAGACACGGAGGAGGUGGAGGGAACGAUCAAAAUAGGCAGUCAUUAUCGUGGAGUAGACAUUCGUUGUCGGUUGGUAGUGGGAGUGGCAGUGGCGGUAAUUACUCGAGAGGUGGUGGUUCUGCUCUUCCUCCGCCGUCUCACAAGGGUGGACAACAGCAGCAGAGGGUAUGUAAAUUUUACGAGAGCGGGAGAUGUAAGAAGGGGGCUUACUGUGACUAUCUGCAUCCUUGACGAUGAUGAAGAUGAUGAAUGGGUGGGACUUAGUUUUAUCUAAAAGUUUUAAAAAAGUUGAAAAAAUGCAAUCUUUUUGCUUUAGAAUGAAAGUUUUUUAUUUUUAUUUUGUAGAAGCUAAUUAUUAAUGUAUUCAGUGUUGUUAUUAAUGCUUGUUAAUGUAACAGAAAGUAAAAAAAGUUUUAUUUAGGGCAUAAUAUUAGUAGUUAGUUAGUUAGUUAAUCAGUCUUUUGUCGUUU